AUGUCCACUUACGUGUUCAAUCAACCUUUACCGAUGAAAAUUCUUGCAUCAUCUCUAUUUGAUCCUACAAUAAAAUAUUUUGGACAAUCCAUGCAAGGAAAUAUUGAUAUUGAUAAAAAUUCAUACCCGGAUAUAUUUGUUGGAGCACCAAAAAGUGAUUCUAUUGUUCUUUUGAGAUCUCGACCAGUGGUAAAUAUUUGGGCAACAAUACACUUUCAAACAACAAAGCUCGAUAUUAUCAACUGCAUCAGGAAUAACUACAAAAACUGCUCUUCGAUUGAAGUCUGUUUCACGGUAAACGGUACCUCAAUCGAGUCGGAAAUAGGUAUUGAAUACAACUUGACGCUUGAUAUCGCGAAAACUACGGAUAGCGAAAAGAGACUUGAAUUCGGAUCAGCCUCAUUGAGUUCUGGUACAGGAACUACAAAAUUAACGAAAAAUACUACACUGCCUGUCGGAGAAACGAAGUGCUUCGUGCACACAUUCGAUAUGAGAAAAAAUAUCAGCGACUACGAAUCUACCCUUGUUGCAGAGAUUGAGUAUGAUCUACUUUCCUCUCAUGUUGCCACACCAAUGUCUUCUGUUAGAGAUCCAUUACGGACCUAUAAAAAGUCAUCAGGAAUGGGAUUUAUGAAGCAAUGCGGCGAAGAAGAUAUCUGCAAUCAUGAUUUAAGAGUUGGAGUAGAAAUGAAUCUACCAUCAUUUCAUAUAGAUGGCAAAGAUUACUCUGAAAAUGGUCAAAUCCUUAUAAUUGAUUCUUCAACCACUUCUCAAGCAAUCACCGUUCGUGUGAACUUUACAAACGUCGGGGAGAAUGCGUUCGGCACAAAACUGAAUGUGUCUUAUUCUUCGAAAAUUAGUCUGAGUACGAUUUUCAACUCCAUAUCAUACCCGGAACUGCCAUCAUGUGUUGUUGAAUAUGGUAUUCCAAUUCAUGCUGAAGAUGGUUUUACGACAAAAACAUUCAAAUAUAAUUCGCAGGAAAACAUCAUGAUUCCUGAAGCUUGGUGUUAUUUCGAGUUCAACAUAAUCGCUUCUAGUUUAAAAAGAGCUGGAAAUAUGGACGCGUUUAUAAUUAACAUAACGACUUAUGCAAGCUUGAAUUCGUCGACGGAAAACAACACUUUAGACAACAGUUGGGAAAAAUCGCCUGCCAUCAAGUACAGAUCAGAUUUCAAUUUGAGAAGAGAAAGCAGCAACCCUGAAAUAUCAUUCAACUAUACGACAACGACUAAAAACAUAACUACUGUAGAUGAGAUAUCAGAAGGAAUUCCAGUCAUCGAAAUGUCUUUCAGAAUUACCGGUGCUGGUUACAGCAACAUUCCAUCAUCGCAAAUAUCACUAACCUGGCCGUCGAAAUAUGCUGGCGAACCUCUGCUUUAUUUAUAUCAGGUUUCGUGUAACUCUGAAUUUGCGGCUGGAGUCGACAACCCGACAACUUGCAUCUGUGAACAGUCUAAUAUCAAUUCAUACGAUCUCGUCAUAGAUACAGAAACUGACAACUCAACAAAAGGAUACGCCACCUUAUCUCCACCGGAUGUCGCGAUCAAUGUUUCAGAAAUGAACUGCAAAGACUUUGAACCAGGUCACUCCUGCGAUUCCUUGAUUUGUAACGUUGCAAAUAUUGGAGAAUCUGACAAAAUCAAUUUCUACGCGAAAUUCAGACUUUGGACGUCAAGUAUUACGUUUGAAGGAACAAAUCAGACUCAAGUUGAUCUGCAGACUUUAUUUGAGAUUUCAACUACUGGCUCACCUCUUAUAAUAAACAGCGAAGGAAGAAACGUUACCAUCAAGACAGAAGAGAUAACGACAGUCGUCAAGAAAUACAUUGCUAUCGAAAUACCGGAACAACAAAACGUCAUCUGGUAUUAUAUUGUUGCUGCAGCUGGGGGAGUUCUGCUACUCAUCCUUAUUGUUCUUCUGCUAUGGAAGUGCGGAUUCUUCAGAAGCAAAUACGCUGAAAAGCAGAAAACAGAGGAAGAUAAACUCGCCGAAGAAACAGAUUUUCCGGAUGUGGACGCUGGCAAAGAGUUUACUAUGGGGUCCAAUUUUAAUGGAGUCAAUGGCAGUGGGUUAAAUUCCCCUGAUUCUGCAGCAUAUGAGAAUCAAAACUUUAUUGAUGCAACGCUGUCUGUAGAUCCGAGUCCUCGAAAGGAGUCACCGUUGGACCAAGUUUCGAUUGGGAGCAAAUAAGCAUGAGUUAGGUUUGCUCAUGAAUAUGUUGUUGAUAGGCAAUAUGUUCUCAAAAAUAAUAUUUUCUCUCGGUUCAGCAUUCAAAUUGGGAAUUUCACGUUAAGUUCAAGCGGAUACUUAUAUAAAUGUCUGGUAUUAAUUUAUACUUACUGGAAAAGCUAUCAAAUUGAAGAAUCUUCAAUUUAAUAAUUGUAUGAUUUAAUCCUUGCCACCGGUUAUUGUACUUCAAUUCCUUAUAAAAUACGUAUCUUCUGUUCACAUAUAUCACCAUUUCAUUUUGUGUGAUAACGCAAUCACUUGCAAUUAACCACUGUACUUUGUACGUCUAUCAAAUUUUUUUUAAUAUCUUUAGUAUAUGAUCUAUCGUACUCUGUUUUUCAUUUCACGCUUUAUUUGGCUAAUAAUAACGAUUGUUUAAAUUUCGUUGGGCGUUACCAGUAAAUAGUAUAUAUGCAUAUAAUCAAAUACGUGGUUAUAUGAAUUUUCCUUAUUAAUUUAUUAUACUUGCCUUAUACUUUCAUGCUUCUUUAAAGCUCAUAAUCAAAAUUGCAAACACAAUUCAACUGCAUGGUAAUGAAAGAUCAAGACGUAUUAUACGACGAUAUAUUCACUGUCUUUAUAUUCGUUUAUAUAUAUUUUUGUUUGUGACAUAUUGCGAAUCGUUUUUCAAUAUUCAAAAUCCUCUAUUCCGAGAUGUACUUCGAGCUAAUUCCUUUUUUAACUGAACCCCUACUUGGUCCAAGAAGAUCACGCCGUAGUAUAUGACAAUAUGUCGGCAAUAUUUUGCCAAUAUAUGUUGGCAAUAUAUUGGCAAUAUGUUUUCAAUAUAAUCUUCCUUUUAUAUUUUGAUUAACGAUUAGAAGAUCGAUCAAUUU